UCGGUGACUGCUGCUGGAACGUCCAUUGUUUCAGGAAAACGUCAAGAUGGGAAUGAAAUGAACCGAAUUGUGGUUUUUUGAUUGAAUUUGUCAUACGAUGAAUAUCCCUGAAUAGAAAUAAUAACCCUAGUAGCGAGUUAAACGUACUUAGCCUAAGGGUACACCAAGUUAAGUUUUCCAGAAACCAGUUGUUUUUUUUAAAGUUAAAGCAGGAUUCACCAACAUGACAACAAGUAUAUUCAAACUUUCCGCGUUGCGUUCUUUUUUACCAGUGCUGGUUGGCAUGUGUAUGGGUAUAGCUCUAAACAUGAUGGUUGCUCCAUUUUUUGAUGAGAUGUGUGACACAUCAAAGGCAACAAAUCCACAGAAUGUCUUUGAACUCCACCAGAGAAAUAACAAUGUGCGUAUCAAGAAGGAAACCAUCGACAGUCCCAAAAAAUCUGAAGCGCCAUUUAAACUUGACCCAACAGUACAGCAAACAUUGAAUAUGCCUGGCAUUGGAAAUCCUAAAAAGUUUUUUCGACCUCGAUUUGCCUCAACAGAGCUCGGUAUAAAAGAAAAGCUGUUUGUAGCUGUGUUGACAUCUCCGAACACAAUCAACUCAUUUGGUUUAGCAGUGAAUAAAACAUUGUCCCAUUAUGUAACAAAAACAAUAUUUUUCACAGCAGCGAAAACUGGAAAUUCUCCCCCAGGUAUGCCUGUGGUUGGCUUCAUGCAACAGCAUGGGACAUUUUUACCCAUCCAUGUCCUGAAGUAUAUCAGGGACCAUUAUGCCACCAGCUUUGAUUACUACAUGUUUAUUACAGACAGAACUUAUGUAAGAGCAGAAAAAAUUUUUGAGCUAGUUAGUCACAUCAGCAUUAGCCAAGACAUUUAUUUAGGACCAGCAGAAGUUGAUGAUAAUGGCCAGAAACACUGCUCCAUUGAAGGUGGCCUGAUUAUUUCUCAGUCUGUCAUUGAGAAAGUGUUUACACAGUUGGACUGGUGUAUGAUGAACAACCAUGUGUCCAGUGCUAGUAUCACACUGGGUCGAUGCAUCCACCACACCACCGCUCUGCAAUGUACAGAUCAUGGAGGGGACAAACUUUACAAGUACUACCGAGUGGUGGACUUUGACUUUGACGAUGACAUACCUAUUUUGAGAAGCGAUGCUCGAUUCAACACAUCCCUAUCUGUUUAUCCGAUGCCAGAUGACAUCUCUCAUUACAAGAUUCACAGAUAUUUUUGCCAACUGGAGUUGAACCUGACUAAACAAGAGAUAAUAAAGGCCAAAGAAAGUAUGGUUUACUUGAGUGAAUUUGGACCUGGAGGACGAGAUUCCCUCACCUGGCCUCUUGGAAUUGCUGAAGCUAUUCAACCAAAGAGUCGUUUUGAUAUUUUACGAUGGUCCUACUUCACAGACAAAGAAAUAUACUUUGAUGACGACUUCACCAAUGUCAAGAAAUUGAUAGGAGCAGACAAGGAGGAUGUGACAGAGAUAAUACAGACAGCCUUUGCCAAGUUGAAUAAAGACAAUGGACACAAGUACAGAUCAUUCCAGCUUGUUAAUGGCUACAGACGGUUUGAACCUGCUCGUGGCCUCGAAUACACAGUAGACUUAGAAGUACAAACAAACAACAGAAGAGAGAAGGAAAUAAAACGUGUACAUCUACUGCGACCACUGAACAAGGUAGAACUUGUGCCCAUGCCUUAUGUCACAGAAAACACCAAAGUCAAUCUCAUUGUGCCGGUUUUCCUUGAGGAUCAAAAUGACUUUGCAGUUUUCAUGGACAGUUUCUCAAAAGCAGUCCUGGACAAUAACGACAAUACUUUGCUGUAUAUUUUGCUUGUUUAUAGAUCUGUUGAUGUGAAAAAUGGGCAUGACAUAUUUGCUGUUGCCAAGACAACAAUAAAUUAUUAUGUAAAGAAACAAAGUGAUCAGGAAGUGAGAAUCAGAUGGUCAGCUAUGAAUUCAAACUCAACAUUUAUCUCAGAUUUUGAAAUAAUAGAUAGGGUUGUCCGAGACUUUCCUUCAACAGCUUUACUUGCCAUUGGUGGAGUAGGCAUGGAGCUAGAACAGGACUACUUAAAUCGUGUACGCAUGAACACAAUACAUGGUUGGCAGGUAUUUUUCCCAAUUUCCUAUUGGCAGUAUAAACAAAACCUAGCCUAUGAACAAGAGCCUUAUCCUAACACUGUGGAAUUUGGUCAGAAAUAUGGCCACUUUGAUGUCAAUUCCUAUGAGCAUAGUUCAUUUUAUGUGUCUGACUAUUUGGCAGGAAGGAAGCUGCUUUCUCCCAUAGAAAUCAAACAAGGCCAGCUUUUAGAUAUGUUUUUGAAAAAUCCUAGAAUCCAUGUUUUCAGAGCAACAGAUCCAGCUCUGAGGAAUAGAUGGAAAGGCAUCAACUGCCCUUCCCAUCUCAAUGGUAAUAGAUAUUUCAAGUGUCUGCAAAGGAAAUCUGAGGGACUAGCUAGUCGUGCCCAACUUGCCAAGUUGAUAUUUGAACAACAAGAAAAGGAGGCUGAUGUCACUGGAGCACUGCUUCCUAAAAAUUGAAAUGUUUUGUCAAUUUUCCACAACAUUUUAUGAGUUUGUGUUUUUCCUCCUUUGAGAUUAAACCAACUUUUAUAUAAGAUGUCAGCAGAGACUGAGCUGAUGAGUAAUUGGAAUAACUUUAAGAUAUAUGCUACAUGUAAUUUGCUUUAUUGUGCUUCACAACAGAAUUACUUGCAACAAAACUUGUCAAACAGUAUAAACGUAGAUAUUUCAGCAUUAAUUUGAUUUUUUAAUUUCUUUUUCUUGGCUGAAAGUAUUCCGCUAUUAUCAUUAUGCUAAUUGCAGCUUUUGCUGUUUGUUUAUUUAUCAUUGCACAAAUAUGUUAUGUAGUGUUAAAGUGUAAAAAAUUUGAUUGUGCCAAAUUACGUAUAUUUACAGCAUAAUGGAUAUUAAUUUGGAGAGGCAUGUCAGCUUUAACAUUUUGCUGACUCUGCAUUUCACGAAGAUCCUGAAAUUUGAAAGAUUGGAAGUUAUAAUAUAGCAGGACACCAAUAGGAUUAUUUUCAUGUACAGUGUCACUUACAAUGUACUAUGUGGUUUGAUGUCAAGUGGCCAGUGGGAUAUUUUUUAUAAGCACACACAGAGGAUAUUUUUUACAUUGAUCUGCUGACUUUUUUUAUGCAAUUUAUGUUAUUGUUAUUUUUAUAAAAUGAUGUGCAUGUAUAUGUUAUAUAUAUUACUUUGAUGCCAAGCAUAAUUUUCUCAACACUUUAUAUAAAGAAGACAGGAAUGUUGCAGAUAAUUUAAAGCUGAAAAUGACAUUUGGUAUAUUUCUACAUUCUGCAUCACUGUAGGAAUACAAGGUAUUUCCAGCUUAAACAUUCCUGUUUGUUUAAUUAAGUUUUAGUCAUCAAUAUCUACAUCACCAGCUUUUUAUUUUAGACACUGUUGAAAAUUACCUACUAUAUUAAAUACAUAUAAAAGAACCAGAUCGUGAGUAGAAAUCACUACAGUAAUAGAAGCAUUGAUCUAACAACACAGGGUAUAUAAUGUCUGGGUAAUAGAUUAGCCUGGGAGUAUGUAUACAGGGACUCUUUUCAUCAUCGUGGAAUAAUGAUACACUCCAUAUCAAUGUCCUUUUAGAUCCAGAAAUUUUUCAUUUGUUAAAAUAAAAUUUGAUUGUUGUAAAAGAAAAUAACAAAAAAUUAACCCAUGAAAAUGACCAGCUGUAUGUUAUAAUGUAUUCUGCCCUUGUCAUUAUGUGGUAAGGUCUUGUGGUAGCUGGUGUCUGCCGGAUUUGACAUCAUGCAAAACUGGGGUCCAGUGUUUUAUGCAAGGACACAAUCACAAUGAUACAGGGUGGUCAGUGGUGAUGGCUCCUGGCUUAACUUCACCUGAGAUUGAGAAAGUUUAUAUGUUGAUACAAGGACACCAUUACAAUGAUACAGGAUGGUCAGAACGUACCUGAAAGAUUGGGGACACUGGUAUUAAUGUACAGUGUAUUUGGAGUGUCAAGGUUAAAACCUAGAUCUGAUUACCAUAUUUCCUGUAUUUUUAAAAAAAUUUUCUCCUGAAAUCAUUUUGAAAUCCAUCACAUGACAAAAAUUUAGAAUAAAAUUAUUUUCAUAUCUUUUACACAUGAAAGCAUACAUACACAUUUUUAUAGCAUGGAUCAUGAAUACAUGCAUAUAUAAGUGAGUGAAAUAUUGUACCAAUGAAGUAAGAUUGACCUUGACUGCUUAACACCACCUUUAUUGUUUUUAGAAAAUUGAUAAGUGUCUUUAUUGUACUGUAUUUUAUUUUAACAUCAUUCUAGGCAAUUGAAAGGAUUUUAUUACAUUGAUGCCAGAUAUGUGCCUGUAUGCUUUGUUGUAUGGGUGCCUUUACUUAUCCUAAUUCAAUAUCUUGGCUAAAUUGUGGCUUAACUGUUUUGAAAUUCAGCAUAUUUAUGAUUUUUUUCUGAUUUUCUGAUAAUCACCAGCAAUUUUUUCUCUAGUCCCUACUAUUGUACUCUUCUGUUUACUAUUUACAGAUGUUUUUAAGAAUUUGAUGUGAAAGGUAGGGGUAAAAAAAGAUGGCUUUGAGAGGGGAUGAAAAUUGUUAUUUUGAACAUUUUAAGAAAAAAAAUCCUCUUCUCUCUAGUAGAUGCAUGUGUAAAUACAAGUGUCCAAAGGUUUAAUGAUACUUUAAACGGAAACUAUUUUAUGAUUGGUAUAUUAUCAUAAUUUUAAAGGUUGACACUCGACUUACAUUUGCUAGUCUGGACAUUCAAUUGUGAUUCACGAGUCUAUGGAUAUCCAUUGGUGAAACACAAGUCUGUGGAUAUCCAUUGGUGGUUUACUAGUCUGUAGAUAUCCAUUGGUGAAACACAAGUCUGUAGAUAUCCAUUGGUGAAACACAAGUCUGUGGAUAUCCAUUGGUGGUUUACUAGUCUGUAGAUAUCCAUUGGUGAAACACAAGUCUGUAGAUAUCCAUUGGUGAAACACAAGUCUGUGGAUAUCCAUUGGUGGUUUACUGGUCUGUAGAUAUCCAUUGGUGAAACACAAGUCUGUAGAUAUCCAUUGGUGGUUUACUGGUCUGUAGAUAUCCAUUGGUGAAACACAAGUCUGUAGAUAUCCAUUGGUGAAACACAAGUCUGUGGAUAUCCAUUGGUGGUUUACUGGUCUGUAGAUAUCCAUUGGUGAAACACAAGUCUGUAGAUAUCCAUUGGUGGUUUACUGGUCUGUAGAUAUCCAUUGGUGAAACACAAGUCUGUGGAUAUCCAUUGGUGGUUUACUGGUCUGUAGAUAUCCAUUGGUGAAACACAAGUCUGUAGAUAUCCAUUGGUGGUUUACUAGUCUGUUGAUAUCCAUUUGUGAUGUUGAUAUCCAGUGGUGGUUCACUACUCUGUUGGUAUCCAGUGGUAAUUCACUACUCUGUUGGUGAUUCACAUCUAACAUUUCUGACAUGUAUAUCUAUUCACAUUUAUGUUAAUGUUAUCCUUUAAAAAAAUGUCCUUUUCUAAAAUCAUUUUUUUCAAAGUUGAAUUUUCUGCUCUCAAUAUGAAUUUGAUUAGUAAUCUUUUGGAAUAUUUUGGGACAAAGCUGAGGUUUACUGUUCGCCGUUUGAUUAGAUGAAGCUUAAAACUCACCUAUCACUAAGCUGAAAAAAACUGACCAAUUGCUUAACUGAAGAAAUCAACCAUGUGCUAGAACUUUAUCUUUCCUUAACAAAUUACAUUGGAACUUAACCAGAAUCAAAGCAGGUCAAUUUUAUAUCAAUACUUUAAUUUGAUUCUUUUUCUGUUUAUCAAAGAGUUCUUAGGUAUGCAGAGAAGACUGGUAUAUUUAGAGGCAUUGGAUUUAAAAGGUCAAAGUGUACAACACCUAGUUUCUGGUCUUCUAAAUCCAACAUGGAUGAAGAAUUUCUUGUUUAUGAUUUUGUCAUCACAAAUACCAGUAUAAUUUUUAGAGUACGUAUGUAGUUUAUAGAGUAAGAUUUCAUGUCAAAGAUUUCAUUAUAUACUAAAACAGAUCUGAUAUUAUGUUUUACAAUGGUCAGCAUUCAUCAAUAUUAGACUGUAGAAUUUUGACAGAGAUAAAAUAAUUUUGUUCACAUCUUUAUUAUUUAAAUGUUGUGAAAAAUCUUCAGAAGUUUGAUAUUUGUUCUUAUUUGGUUUCUGAAUAAUGAGUCUUAUAUUGAUUAGAAGUAUAGAUCGUCAGAAACACACUGAUUAAUUUAUAGUUUCUAUGUAUGACAUUAGUAAAUUGAGAAAAUUUCUUUUGAAGAUGGGACAUAUUCAAUAAAGCUUUUUAUGGUUCACAUCA